AUGAUACUUUGUAUUGUACCAUUGCACUUUUUUAAUGAGCUGUUUUCAGCCCAGUCAGCGUGUCACGUGAAUGUGCGUGUGUCUUCACAUAACAAUCCCACCCGCCUGUUGCCUCUCCCUCCCACCCACCCACCUCGUCAUAGCAUCCACCUCCACCCCACCAUCCUUUCUUUCCCACCGCGCCGUCCUCUCUCCCUCCCACCCACCCUCGCCUCCCACCCGCCCUCGCCUCUCCUUCCUACCCGCCGUCGCCGCUCCCUCCUCCCGCCGUCGCCGCUCCCUCCCACCCCGCCGUCGCCUCUCCCUCCGCCGUCGCCUCUCCCUCCGCCGUCGCCUCUCCCUCCGCCGUCGCCUCUCCCUCCGCCGUCGCCUCUCCCUCCGCCGUCGCCUCGCCGUCCCCAUCGUCGCCUCCCUCCCCAUCCCGUCGCCUCCGCUCCUUCCCAUCCCGUCGCCUCCGCUCCCUCCCAUCCCGUCGCCUCCGCUCCCUCCCAUCCCGUCGCCUCCGCUCCCUCCCAUCCUUUCGCCUCCGCUCCUUCCCAUCCCGUCGCCUCCGCUCCCUCCCAUCCCGCCGUCGUCCCCUCCCACCCCGCCUUUGCCUCUCUCACCUACCCCGCCGUCGCCACUCCUUACCCUCCCGCCGCCGUCUCUCCCUCCCAUCCCGCCACCGUCUCUCCCUCCCAUCCCGCCGCCGUCUCUCCCUCCCAUCCCGCCGCCGUCUCUCCCUCCCAUCCCGCCGUCGCCACUCCCUCCCAUCCCGCCACCACCUCUCCCUCUCAUCCCGCCGCCGUCUCUCCCUCCCAUCCUGCUUCGCCACUCUCUCUCAUCCCGCCGUCGCCACUCCCUCCCAUCCUGCCGCCGUCUCUCCCUUCCAUUCCGCCGCUCCUUGCCCUCAUCCCCGCCGCGCCACUCCCUCCCGUCCCGCCGUGGGGAGGUUUGAGAGCAUGGAUAAGGAUGGUGCGCGAACGAGAGCUGGUGCGCUAG